AUGGGGGUCACUGGUUAUUCAGCGGACACCAUGGGAGUUAUUUCCCGAUCCGGCUUCUACCUGAGCCGGAAGGUGGUCGUCUUUACCUUGGUGCUGCUGGGUGCGCUGCUGCUGGGGGUGGCGGCGCUUAGCUCCCUCUACGUGCGUUGCACUCAGGCAUCACCGGUGCCGUCGGAGAAGUCCAACACGUUGACCAGAGCCUCAUUGCCUUUCAAUCUGGUGCCCAACAAGCCGCUAGCGGAGGAAAAGAAAAAGGAGGUCGAGACCAGCACCACCCUCACCCCCGACACCCAGCCGAGCGCCACCCUACCCUCCUGGUUUUGGGACCACCCAAGCCUGUCCACCCUCGGGCCCCAGGACCACCCGAGCCUGUCCACCCCAGAGCCCUGGGACCACCCGGGACUGUUCGCCUCCGAGCCCCUGGACCACUCGCACCUGUCCGCCUCUGAGCCCCAGCUCCCGCUCACCUCCGAACCCUGGAAGCACCCGCGCCUGCCCUCCGACGUGGUGCCCCUGCACUACGACUUGGAGCUAUGGAUUUACCUGCGGCCGGACCAGAUCCAGCAGACAGCGAAGACCUUCGGCGGACGGCUCAGCAUCACUGUACAAUGCGUCUCCCCAACCGCCCGAGUGCUGCUCCACAGCCUCAGCCUAGACUACGAGGGCUCCAGGGUGCUGGGACCCUUGCCGGAGGGCCCCGAGGCUGACAGUGAGCAGCAGCCAGUGGGCCAGGUGGAGGUGAACAACUUUUGGAAGUUCCCGGAGAUGGAGUACGUGGUGAUGGAGCUGAACGAAACCCUGAAGCCCGACCGCCACUACGUGCUGCAGUUCGAUUACUCCGGCUUAGUGAACCAGAACCGCAGGGAAGGACUCUUCUCCAACUUCUAUUCCGACCAGGGCAAGAAGAAGGCUCUGAUUGCUUCUCAACUGGAACCAACAGCUGCCAGGGCAAUUUUCCCUGGCUUUGAUGAGCCGGCUAUGAAGGCAACCUUCAAUAUCACAAUUGUUCACCAUCCUGCUUAUGUGGCUCUUUCCAAUAUGCCAGUCCUAGGGACAUCUGAAAGAGAAGAUGCAAAUGGAAACAAAUGGAUUGUUACCAACUUUGAAACUACUCCCCCAAUGUCGACAUAUAUAACUGCGUUUGCUGUGUGUGACUAUGAUUAUGUCAAUGCAACUGAAAGGGGCAAGGAGGUGCGGAUUUGGGCUCGAAAAGAUGCAAUUGCUAAUGGGGAAGCGAACUUUGCUUUGACUAUUGCGGGCCCUGUCUUCUCAAAGCUGGAAGAUUUAUUUAAUGUCAGUUAUCCUCUUCCAAAAAUGGAUCUCAUUGGGUUCCCUAUUCUUGACCUGCAAGCAAUGGAAAACUGGGGACUGAUAACAUUUGAUGAUCUUAUGCUGGUGGAAGCAAAGAAUGACCACCCAGAGAGAAAACUCAUGAUUUUGACCACAGUUACACAUGAAGUUGCACAUCAGUGGUUUGGAAACUUAGUUACCACGAAGUGGUGGAAUGAUAUUUGGCUCAAUGAAGGAUUUGCAACUUAUUUUGAGUAUCAUACGGCUAAACACUUCAAUCCUCGAAUAUCGAAAUUUCAGAAUGAAUUCUUUUAUCACUAUCAUAUGAGAAUCGUUUUCAACGAAGAUCAUGCAAUGAUGUACCGAACUAUAUCUUCAGAAGUCAGAAAUUACACAAAAACAAGUGAAAUCAGUGGACUCUUUGACAAGUAUAUUUAUCAAAAGGGAGGUUGUAUAAUCCGGAUGCUUUCAAAUUUUCUCAGUGAGAAUCUGUUUAUUAGUGGACUCAAAACAUAUUUGAAAACAUUUGCAUUCUCAAAUGCUGAACAAGAUGAUCUGUGGAAUCAUCUUCAAAUGGCUCUCGACAACCAGACUGAAGUUCUUUUGCCAGCAUCAGUAAAAACCAUAAUGGACAAAUGGACACACCAGGCUGGAUAUCCGGUUAUAACAUUAGAUAUGUCUACUGGCAGGGUCAACCAGGAACCGUUUUUACUUGCUUAUGACAAAACACAGACUUCUUUCAUCCACAAUAACACAUGGAAUGUUCCUAUUGUUUGGAUGAAAAAUGGAAUUGUACAACCAUUAGUCUGGCUAGAUAAUAGCAGCCAAGUAUUUCCUGAAAUGCAACUAUCAGAUCCAGAACAUGACUGGGUGCUUUUAAAUUUGAAUGCAACUGGAUAUUAUAUGGUUAAUUAUGGUCAAUUGGGUUGGAAGAAAAUAAGUUCCAUGCUUCAAAAAGACCCAAAGGCUAUUCCAACCGCUGACAGGAUGAAGCUGUUUGAUGAUGCCUUUGCAUUGGCUCAGCAAAAUUAUAUUGACAUUGGAAGUGCUCUUGGUUUAACCAAAUACCUUGCUAAAGAAGAAGAAGCCAUAGUGUGGAAUACAGUCUUGACAACCCUACUGCAAAGACAGUAUUUUGUCAAUAUGAACAAUCAUAAUAUAUAUUCAUUAUUUAAGAAAUAUUUCUUAAAGAGACUUACCCCAAUGUGGCACAUUUAUUCAGCUAAAAUUCGUGAAAAUGCCUUACAAGAUGAUGAGUUGGCCAUACUAUCACUGAGAAAUGUAUAUAAAGCAGCAUGUUGGUUGGAACUUGAAGAUUGUCUACAGCUCUCAAGAGAAAUUUUCUCAAAGUGGAUGAGUGAUGUAGAGAGCAUUAAAAAUUUUACUUUAGUGGCAAAUGAAGUUAUGUGUUCUGGUGUUGCCCAGGGAAGUGAAAAAGAAUGGGACUUUUUGAUGAAUAUUUAUGAGAAGACUGCAUUGGAUGGAGAGAACAAUGGAAUAAUGGAGUCAUUGAGCUGCAGCAAACAUCCACGGAUACUUUACAGGUACAUGGAGUAUGCAUUGAAUGACAAGUUGUUCAGUUCGGAGGCACCAAAUAUCUUUAAAAGUGUGGCAGAAACUGAAAUUGGCCGGCUUGUAGCAAAGGACUUUUUAAUCGACAAUUGGCAAGCUGUAAAGGAAAGGUUUGGAAGUCCACAUUUAUUAAUUCUAGCAGAAAGUAUAGCAAGAACCACAUCCACGGAUUCACAGGUCCAAGAAUUACAUCGAUUUUUCGACAACAUGCUAGAAGAGAAAGAAAGGAUUAAGUUUAAUGAAUAUCUUCAGGACAAAAUGGACGAGAAUCUGCAAAACAGCAAGACGGUUGCUCAGUUGGCUGAAUGGUUAAAGGAAAAUAUGGCCGAUUAACCCUUUGUAAUCCACAAAGUGGUUUGCUCCCAUUUUUAUUCUGCAAUGUUUUAUGGUUAAAGUGUGACUAAAUGUCAUAUUGCGUGUCAACAGAAUCCACCUUUCCUGCUCUCAACCAAAGAAGUGUGUUUUGCAUUUGGAUUUGAUUUUUUCAGUGAAGAAGACAGGAAAAUCCAUUGUUUCAUUCAGUGAUGGUUUCAGGGAAGAUUUUCAUUUGCCAUAAACUUGUAGGAUUUUUAAAAAAGACUUUAAAAAAAUGAAUUAAAGACUCUAAAGGGUCCACCUUUCCUGCCUCCAACCAAAGAAGCCUGUUUUGAUUUUGGCAUCCUCUAGCUCAGGGUACAUUAAUGAUUUUAUUAAUGAAGAGGACAGGAAAAACCAUUAUUUUAUUCAAUGGUGA